AUGGCAGAUAGCCCAAGCAAGAGCAAAACCAACUCCCUCAUCCACCAUCCCACCACCAAAAAGGGUGGUUGGAAUGCUGCCAUCUUCAUCAUAUUUGUGGAAUUUGCUGAGAGAUUUGCAUACCAAGGUUUGGCUUCAAAUCUCAUAAACUACCUCACAAAAUUUCUGAAUGAACCUACAACUACAGCUGUCAAAAACGUUAACACAUGGGUCGGUGUUUCUUCUCUCUUCCCUUUGCUUGGUGGGUUCGUAGCUGAUUCCUAUCUGGGUAGAUUUAACACCAUUCUCUUGUCUUCUCUCAUCUAUCUUGUGGGCAUGGUUUUCUUGACACUUUCAGUGUCAGUACUAAGACAUAAGACACUUUUUUUCUUUGCACUUUAUGUGCUUUCCAUUGGUGAAGGAGGCCAUAAGCCAUGUGUUCAAACGUUCGCGGCUGAUCAAUUCGACGACGAUACGCCAGAAGAGAAGGAUGCUAAGAGUUCGUUUUUUAAUUGGUGGUAUUUGGGCAUUGUCGCGGGUUCAACUGCCGCUGUGUUUUUGCCUGUUUAUCUUCAGGACAAUGUUGGGUGGGGAGUAGGGUUAGGAGUAUUGGCGGGAGUGUUGGCGAUGGCAUUGGCAAUCUUCUUAUUGGGAAUCAGAAGGUACAAAAAAGAAGGCCCUACGGGCAGCCCAUUUACAAGACUGGCCCAAGUUUUUGUCGCCGCAUCUCGCAAGUGGCGCGUGCAAGACACCAUUGGUUCUAACAAUUUUUGUUAUAGUCAAGAAGAGAAACUUGAACCUCAUCAUCAUCAUCAUCCUCUUCAACCAAAAUAUCAUUCUUUGCUUCAUACUCGUCAAUAUAAAUUUUUGGACAAAGCAGCAAUAAUUGAUGAAUUUGAUGCAUCAAGCAAAACAAGAAAUCCAUGGAGACUAUGUUCCGUGACUCAAGUCGAAGAAGUGAAGCUCGUCCUCCGCCUAAUCCCGAUAUGGCUAAGCUGUUUAAUGUUCACCGUCGUCCAAGCUCAAGGACACACAUAUUUCAUUAAACAAGGCGGAACAUUGAUCCACACCAUAGGAUCAGAUUUUCAGUUUCCACCCGCGUCACUUCAAGGCCUAGUUGGAGUCACGAUCCUCUUCGCUGUACCAAUAUACGACCGAGUUUUUGUACCGCUCGCUAGAAAAUUCACAGGACACACCAAUGGGAUAACCGUAUUGCAGAGAAUCGGAGUCGGGUUGUUUUUGUCUAUACUCACAAUGUCUGUAUCAGCUCUCGUGGAAACGAAAAGGGUUAGCAUUGCUAAAAGCCACGGUCUAAUAGACAAUCCGACUGCAAUACUACCAAUGCAUAUUUGGUGGUUACUUCCUCAAUAUAUGAUCACAGGUAUUUCUGACGCGUUUACUAUCGUCGGAUUACAAGAACUAUUCUACGAUCAAAUGCCAGAGGGACUCAGAAGUUUGGGAGCCGCGGCGUAUAUAAGUAUAGUAGGAGUUGGAAGCUUUGUUAGUAACAUAGUUAUAGUCAUUGUUGAAGCAAUUAGUUCAAAAUCUGGUGAGAAAUGGUUAGGAGAUAACAUCAAUAAGGCACACCUUGAUGAUUAUUAUUGGGUUAUGGCUGCAUUAAGUGCUUUGAAUUUUGGUGUUUAUUUGUGGAUUGCAAAAUGCUAUGAGUAUAAAAAGGUAGAUGAAGAUGAAAGAAGUAACCUUCAAGAGGGUCCAAGCUUCAAUAGAUAUCGUUCUGGAGUGUAA